CUCGAAACGACGCAGAGUCGCGAGCGGGGAUGCGCCGGCUCGUGACGGGAUGCCGAGGCCUUGGCUUUUGGCUAUGCAUGAUAUGGACGGCGAUCGCCGACGUUCUAGUCGUGGACGUCACCGACAUCGCGACGGUGUCCACUCACGCCAGCCCCAUUCUCAUCGUGGCAUUCAAAUCCUCAGAUUCAUCUUCCCUCGCGAGCGUCGACGCGUUUGCAAGCACUGCAGCCACGCUCUCUUCAGCUUAUCCCGAUCUCGCGUUUGGGAAGUGGGACCUGGCACUGUAUCCGCCGCCUCGUUUAAGCAAUUUCGUCGUCCGGGGCUACCCUGCAUACCUCUUACUGGACGGUACCUCGCCCCACGUCCCUCGCAAGUACAUCGGUCCGCCUGUUGCGAAAGCCAUCGAGAGCUGGCUCACCAACUCGUCGCCGGUACUGGAAUUCGAGUCCACUGACGACUGGAAUGCAUUCGUUGCGAGAAUGGAUGGUCAAGUCGCCCUGGCUAUUGUUCCCGACCUUCAUAGCCCCGACAGAUUGGUGGUCGAGGCGCUUGCAACCAUGGACGGCGUUGGGGUGGUCGCACUUCGCCCGUACGACUGGCGUGUAGACGACAAGGUUGGCCAAGUGGGGCCACAGCUCUGGGUGUACGAUCCAUGGAUGAACAAGAAAAGCUUGUACGCCGGGGCGUGGACUGCCACAUCCCUCGCUUCCUUCGUCGUGGAGCAUCAGCGUCAAUGGCUCAGUUUGUACGACCCGACCGUUUCGUUGGACCCCGCCGUGUCUGCGUAUGGAUUGCUCUUCUCCAGUGGUGCAUCGACACCCACACGGACCGAUCUCCUCAUAACUGCAGCUGAACAGAUUAUGACCGACCACCGUGUGCGGACCACCUACGACGUCCGGUUCCUUGUGGUCCCCCAGUCAUCGUCCUCCCAGCUCGCUACGUUUUUCGACAUCACGACGUUUCCAACCAUCGUGUGGUUUAAAGACCCAGCAAUGUACUGCGCAUUUCCAUCUAAAGGAGCUGCCCUGGAGGAGCUCGUUCAGCGCCAAGCCACCUCGGAGCUUGCCGACGACUUGAUCUCGUUUUUGCAAGCGUCCCAUCCACCGUUCGUCCGAUCUGAUACGACUCUGACCAAGUCCUCCGACGAUGUUGCGACCUUGAUCGACAUCACGACAUUGGGCCAUCUUGACCAGUUCAUCGCCUCAACUGCAACGAAUACACCAGUUGCGCUACUCGCGUUGUACUCGAUCCGGUGUCCGUCCUGCAGUGCCCUCCUUCCACGGCUGCUUCAACUUAGCGAAGACACAGCUGUGCGAAUAGCUACAGUGAAUGCGGACUCCUUCGAAUACCGCCACCUCGUGGACGUUGUGGGCGGCACCGAGUUCAGCUUGCCUGCAGUCUAUCUUUGUCGGCGAGGGAACGUCGUGCGUCGAGUCGGGACAGAUCUCACACCCCCCACCUUGAACGAGCUCAUGACAAGUGUCACAAGCACUGGUGGCCCGGGGGAGUCGACUGUCUCGACCGGCGACAAAUUCUUGCUGAACCCCCCCCAUGUAGGAGAGUAGCCCGCCCAUAUUUACGACGAAUAUUCAAGCUAUUUAUAUCA